AUGUUAGAAGCAUUAGAAUUAAAAUCAAAACAAUUUCACCAACAUUGUGUAAAAACUGUAAUAGAAAACGAAUUAUAUUUGGACUUUUUUGUAUACAAAGGAAAAUGCAAAAACAUCAAAUGCACCAGAGGUAACAAAGCUAGAAAAAAUUCAAUUGUGUGCAGUGUUUACAGUGAUAUGGUAAAUCAAGCAAUUGAACAACUCAGGGAGUCAGUGAUUUUUUUUUUUCACUACGCUACUGUAGUGAAAUUAAAUAAUAAAAUUCACUACGCUACUGUAGUGAAAUUUUAUGGAAAAUUCCCUACAACAAAAGAAGCUAGUUUGAGAAUAUUACUGGUACCAGUAAUUAGUAUCUUUAAUUCAUCAAUUUUAAAGUCGACAUUUAAUUUUUCAAAUCUAUCAAAAAUAAAUUUAGUAAAUUGUAUUUCAUUUGUUGAUCUUUCAAAUAUAUUCAGUUUAAUGGAAUUCCCAGUUUUAACUCAUUUAAGUUUUCAAGAUUGUUCAAAAUUAUCAACUAUAAAAAUUAAAGCAAAUCAUUUAGUUGAAUUAAAUAUUACAAAUUGUUCAAAAUUAAAUUGUUUUUUGGUUGAAAGUUCACAUUUACAAAGAUUGACUUUAAAAGAUACUUUAACAAUUCAAAACUAUAAUAAUAUUAUUGAUUUCAUAAACUCAAACUUUAAAAAUAGUUUAAAAUAUUUAGAUAUUGGUUUUUCGAAUGUAAAGAAUUAUGAUUUUAAUCAACAAAAAGAUUUAAUUUUAAUUUUACCAAAAUUAGAAACAUUAAAAGCAACAAAUUUACUUGGUAUUGAAAAUUUUGCUUUGUUUAUAACACAUUGCAAAGUUAUGGAAAUUAAUUUUUCAAGUUUAAAACUAUUGACUGGCCAAAUGGUUAAAUUACAAAAUAUUACUCCUGAACCACCAAUAUCAAAUGAUAUUUUAUAA